AUGUCUGAGAAUAAUGUUGCUGGAGGCGGCACUGCACAGUGGCUCGGGUUCCAAGAGCGGAUGCUGAGCGCGAGUGUCGGAUCGCUUCUGACGUCGAUGACUCUGACGCCGAUGGAUGUGGUGCGGAUACGAUUGCAACAGCAGAGCAUGACGCAGCUGUGUGGGUGCGAUGAUAUUGGUGGUGAAGGAGGGGCAGGGUCGCUGAGACAGGCGACUGUGCGGCGUCUGCCUCGAGCCGCUGGUGCUGCGGCGGAGGCGGAGGCCCGCCGGGUGUUCUGGGAAGGCGCUUGUUUUGCUGAGUUGAACUGUAGGAGGUCCCAUGUCCCGCUUCGUGGUACGUGGGAUGCGCUGUUGCAGAUCUCGCGGAACGAGGGCUGCUCGACGCUGUGGCGCGGGAUCUCGCUGACGCUGGCGAUGGCGAUCCCCGCGAACGUGGUAUAUUUCACCGGGUACGAGUACGUGAGGGACGUUUCUCCUCUGCGAGGGGUGUACCCUACGUUGAACCCACUUCUGUGUGGUGCCGUGGCGCGUCUUCUUGCUGCGACGACCGUUGCACCAUUGGAGUUACUCAAGACGAAGUUCCAAAGCAUCCCACGGUCGAGUGAGCGGGUCCGUGCAGCGGCGAUCUUCAAAGACUUGCUCCAGGAGACACGGCUGGAGAUCCAGGGACAAGGGUUACGGCGAGCUUUGUUCAAAGGGUUGCAGAUCACUCUGUGGCGGGACGUGCCCUUCUCUGGGAUAUACUGGGCCUCGUACGAGUGGUGUAAGCGGUCGCUGUGGGCGGGGAACGCACAGGGGAGCAACGCUGUGCAUUUCGCGAACAGUUUCAUCGGUGGGUGUGUAUCAGGGACACUUGCCGCUGUGGCGACUCAUCCUUUUGAUGUUGGGAAGACGCGGUUACAGAUACGGAUGCUGCAGGGCGGUACUGGGGGUGCCCCGACUGGUGAACCACGCAUGUUCCGGUACUUGGCUGGGAUAUGGCGUUCUGAAGGUGCCUCUGGUUUGUACGCUGGUCUUGGGGCGCGAGUCGCGAAGAUUGCACCUAGUUGUGCGAUCAUGAUCUCAAGUUACGAGGUGAGCAAGAAGUUUUUUACUUGA